UGGACAAUCACUCAAACUCCUACUGACCUGAAUCAGUCACCGGAGAGACUUGAGUCGAUAUGGGCGGUACCAAUGGCAAACAGUGGGUUCUCCUGGCAGCGGGUUCUAAAGGCUGGGAGAACUACAGACACCAGGCCAAUGUGUGUCACGCUUAUCAGGUUGCACACCGGAAUGGGAUUCCAGAUGAACAGAUUGUGGUGAUGAUGUACGAUGAUAUCGCUACUAAUAAGGAAAAUCCCUUUCCUGGAAAUAUCAUCAACGUACCAAAUGGCCCAAAUGUUUACCCUGGAGUUCUAAAGGACUACACUGGAGCGGAUGUAUCAGCUGAAAACUUUCUGGCUGUACUGCAUGGAGAUUCAUCUGCUGUCAAGAAAAAAGGGCCAAAAAAAGUAAUACAAAGUGGUGAAAAUGAUUCUAUCUUCAUCUACUUAACAGACCAUGGAGGUUUGGGUGUCUUCAAAUUUCCUCAUUCCACACUUUAUGCACAUGACCUCAUUGGCACAGUGAAUAGGAUGUCAAAGAAUGGCAAAUUUUCAAAGAUGGUCAUCUAUUUGGAAGCAUGUCAUUCUGGAUCAAUGCUGAACAAGCUGCCAAACAACAGCAACGUGUAUGCAGUUGCUUCGUGCAAGCCUGAGGAAUCGACUUAUGCCUGGUUCUUUGACAAGAAAAGAAAUGCCUUUCUUUCUGAUGUCUUCACCUAUUACUGGCUACACCAUACUGAGACAGUAAAACUUAAUGUGACUUCCCUUGGAGAUCAGUUUUCCUACCUGAAGAAAAACGUCAGUGAGGCUAUGAGAAAGAAAGGAAAGACUGAGACACCAUGUAACUAUGGGGAGAUGGCUAUGCUCAAAUUAAUGCUGAGUGAAUUUCUUGGACAAUCCCCUGACUCUGUGAGGGAGGCCAAUGUGUCUCAGCCACUGAACAUCCAGGAGUUGGAUGUGGUAGACAGCACAGAAGUUCCUCUGAUAAUCCAAGAAAACAGGUUUAAAAAUGAACGGGACCUGAGAAGAAAAGAGGCCCACAGAAAACAACUUGUUGAGCUUAUAAGAAAGAGGAAGACACUGGAUGAAGCUCUGCAGACGAUUGCUGAGCGCACAAGAACCUCAGGAGUUCUGAGUGAUAAACGUGAGGUGACUCGCACGUACGAAGUCAAAGUCGUGGCUGAGCAUUUCAGGACAACUCUCUUUAACUGGGAAGACGAGCCGUUUGUUGUCACUCAGUCACACCUGCAGGUUUUAGUGAAUCUGUGUGAGUGUGGUUUGCAUGUUGAAAGCAUCAAGGCAGCCAUUAACGAUGUGAGCCGUGACAUACGUUUCUGAAGACAAUCCACACAUUCCUCUUUACAAUCAUUUAAUUUUAAUCCUUUUUUCAGUACUUCGAGGAUGUCUUUUAGAUGGCUUUUGGUGGAAUUCUUAUGAAAAUGU